GGAUGCGCUACGCGGACCCCUCGGCGAACCGGGAUUUGUUGGGGAACCGAACUUUGCUCUUCAUCUUCAUCUGCGCCUUCGCCUUGGUGACCUUGCUGCAACAGAUCUUGUAUGGCAGGAACUACAUCAAGAGAGGUCUCCAGUUUGGUUGGCAGAGUGGUGACCAGCUGGCCAAUUGGACGGGGCUCUUUAAUGUCAUGGACGACCCAGCAGUGCAGAGUGGCAGUGACUCCAGCUCCAGGUACUUUGAAUUUUACGAGGGCCCUUUUGAGUAUAACUCCACGAGAUGCCUGGAGCUGAGGCACGAGAUCUUGGAAGUGAAGGUGCUUUCCAUGGUGAAGCAGUUGGAGCUGUUCGACAGGUGGAAGAGCCUCCAGAUGUGCAAAUGGGCGAUGAACAUCUCUGAAGCCAACCAGUUCAAGUCCACUCUGUCCAGGUGCUGCAAUGCCCCCUCCUUCCUCUUCACCACCCAGAAGAACACGCCCCUGGGGACGAAACUCAAGUAUGAGGUGGACACCAGCGGCAUCUACCACAUCAACCGGGAGAUCUUCCACAUGUUUCCCAAGGACAUGCCCUACUACCGGUCCCAAUUUAAGAAAUGUGCCGUGGUGGGCAAUGGGGGCAUCCUAAAGAACAGCCGCUGCGGGAGGGAGAUCAACAGCGCCGACUUUGUCUUCCGGUGCAACCUACCCCCCAUCUCGGAGAAGUACACCAUGGAUGUAGGGGUGAAGACAGAUGUGGUCACGGUGAACCCCAGCAUCAUCACAGAGAGGUUCCACAAGCUGGAGAAGUGGCGGCGGCCCUUCUACCGGGUGCUGCAGGUGUACGAGAACGCGUCCGUGCUGCUGCCUGCAUUCUACAACACGCGCAACACCGACGUGUCCAUCCGCGUCAAGUACGUGCUGGACGACUUCGAGUCGCCGCAGGCCGUGUACUACUUCCACCCGCAGUACCUGGUCAACGUGUCGCGCUACUGGCUUAGCCUCGGGGUGCGCGCCAAGCGCAUCAGCACCGGCCUCAUCCUGGUCACGGCGGCGCUGGAACUGUGCGAGGAGGUGCACCUGUUCGGCUUCUGGGCCUUCCCCAUGAACCCCUCGGGCCUCUACAUCACCCACCACUACUAUGACAACGUCAAGCCCCGCCCGGGCUUCCACGCCAUGCCCUCCGAGAUCUUCAACUUCCUGCACCUGCACAGCCGCGGCAUCCUGCGCGUGCACACGGGCACCUGCAACUGCUGCUGAGGGCGGCGCAGGCUGCCCGCCAGCCCGGCAUACGGAACCUCGCUCCUCCUCGCCCGCCCACCCGCAGGGCAGGGCGAAGGCCUGGCGCUGAGGCUGGCACGCCCUCGGACGCUCGGCUUCGGGCUUGGGUCCUGUGGGCUGGGAGGCUGGGCUGGGGGCCAGGCGGAGUCAGCUCCAUGCCGAGCGCCCCCCACCUGCGCAUGGGUAGCGCGCUGCUGGGCCACAGCUCAAGGUCGCGGCCCUGGGGAUUGCAAGUGAAUCAAGCACAUUUCCACUCAGUUUUAGCAACCAAGAGAGCACAAACUGUAUGGCCUCUUUGCAGCUAAAGGAAGGCCCCAGCGGGAACGGAAAAGAGGGAGACAGGACAUAUGAGCAUGGUUAAGAUUUAACUCAGGAUUUUGGGUUCCUGAGCCUUAUACCCAGGCCUCAGCCCUGAAUUGUUGUAGAGAACCUCAGAGCUUAGAGGCCAACCCAGCGGCCAGACCUUCCUGUGGGGACAAUGGCUCAGAGAGGUCCAGGGAUUACCAACCAAGGUUCCACCAACCGAGUCCAUCAAGCGGCACUGUGAGAUCUGAUGCAAGGCCUGUGUGUUCCAAUCUUCGCCGAGACACCGUCAGCCAAGGAGAGCCACACCCUUCAAACGCAUCCGCAGGCACACACAUAAGUCUUGGCGCCUCCAAGUUCAAUCCUGCGUUUGAUCUUUUGAUGAGAAGGAAAUAAACCAGACCAGCCAUUUGCACUAAGGUUUCCAAGCCAAUGUUACCGACUCAAUAAGUGCUUAGCGACUUGCUUCCUCUUCUGUCUCCCUAUCUUCAGCUCUGUUUUAACCAGGAGUUAUUUAUAAGAUCCAUCCCUCUGUGUGUUCCUGAAUACUGCACAAUCCUGCUGUAUAAUGUUCCUGAAUUGGAACCGUAAGGCUCCAGACUGGAAAACGCUGACAUGUGACUUGUGAGCUUAGCGAUGGAAGUGAGCCAUGGUCUCUGACACCAGCAUCACUGAGGUUCUACUGUAAAGGCGGGACUUCCCACAGCACUCAGCCUGGUGGCCUUCACACGCACGGACCCACAGGGCCUCUGCUUUGGGAAGUCAGCUGGACCUAGCCUAAAAGGGGUUCACAUGUCAUUUCACAUCCCUUUGCUUCCCCCGUGGUGUUUUGCCUUAGAAUUUUGCGUGGUAUGAAUUGCCUUAGAAUUUAGCUUUGUGGAAUCGUAGAGUAUUAGUCCUGAAAGACCUUCAGCUCCCUCCCUCCUCCCUCCUUCCCUCCCCCCUCCCUUCUUUGCUCUCACCCUUCUUCCCUUCCUCCUUUCUCCCCUCCUUCCCAUAAAUAUUUCCAGAAGCCUAUUCUGCUUUGGUUUGGGGCUGGGCUUGGGAAGACAAGGUGACACAUAAAGGCAGUAUCUCUGUCUUCUAGGAGUGGAGGGCAGACCAUAGGCAAAUUCUGGCCCCGCCCACUGGGUGUUCAGAGGGGGAGGGACUGUGAGAGCACAGCAGGGAACGGGACCUUUCAUCUGAUCACCUCAUUUUACAGGCAGAGCAAUAGGCCCAGCUGGUGAGAGACAGGUGGGCACAGGCCUUGUCCCGGGCCCCCAGGCUCCCCAUCCAGGGCAGAACCCCUUCCUCUUGCCUGGAUUUCAUGUUGGUGGGCCAAUAUAGAGCAAGUACUCCAUGCACGACACUCCUCUAGAUGCUGGCCUUGCUUCUGAGCUCUGGUCCUCACUGGGAAAACCUGGGGCUGCUCUGAACCCGUCUGCUUGUCUGCAGAGCCAGGAAGUAGCCAAUGAGGUAAAUUAGGCCCAAGCACUUGGCGAACCAGGAAACACUACUAAGGACGGUGGGUGGUUAUGCUUCCCUGUGCUCUGCCUGUUUCUCCCAAGGAAGGAAUGGCUGGAAAGAUUCCAGUUAACUGAGGUUUCCAGCCACUUGUUUGUGGUUAAUUGAGCCCCUUUCUUGAAACUACAGAAUGUCAGAACUGGAAGGCUCUUAAAGACCAUUUUGUCCCACAUAAGGAAACAGGCCCAGAACAGGGAGGUGGCCUGGGUCAAGUCGUGCCAGGGGCUCUGUUGAAUGCCUGCUGAGGACAGAACCCUCUGCCAGAAGCCCUCUGUUUAUGUUCCAGAUGGGGCAGUGUUUGGGGGCAAGAGCCUUGGUGAGUCAAAUACCAUGGUUCUCACAGCCAAGGGUGUCAUGGGCUGGUGCCUGCCCCAGCCAGGUCCCUUGUAGGGGCUGGGGAUGGAGCCUCAUGACCCAUCCUGUGAAGGAGCUGGACUCCUUGCUCUCGGUCCUGUUUAAGUCGCUGGGUCUUAGGGCAAGUCCCUUCCCCUCCCUUAGGAUCUCCGUUUCUUCAUCUCUACAACUAAAGGCUUAAAAAAUACCCCUAGGGUCUCUGUAAUCUUUAAUUUUAUUUAAGUUUUUGGAAGUACUAAUGAUGUAUGGAUCUAAGCCAUAAAUAAUAUUUAUUAUUAUAAUAGCUAAGAUUUACUGUACGCUUAUUCUGUGUCAGGCCCUACACUGGGCACUUUCUUUGCACUGUCUCCUGUGAUCAUCACAAAACCCCCUUGGGUAAGAAGACUCCAUUGGGCAGGUGGGGAAACUGAGGCUCAGAGCCGUUCAGUGUCUGGCUGAUGGCCAAGCACCCGGUGGAGGAAACCGCACCCGCGUCUGUAGAACCCCAAAGCCUGUGCUCCAAACCUGUCUUAGCUGCUUCCUAACCAGUGUCACCAGGGCUGGAACAAGAGGGGUCCUGACUGAGAGGCCACUGUAGGGUGGUGCUGGGCCCCGCUCUAGGGACAGUGCUCUGGGAGGCUGUUAUGGGUCCAGGAGGGAGGCUGCUUGUAGGUGCUCCCCCACCCACCCAGCCCUGGCCCUGGCCGCAGUACAGAUGCACCCACAGUGCAAUGUAUGCAGGGGAGUUGAGGCCGUCUCCACAUUUUGCAGAAGGGGUGCAUAUUAAAAGUUAGCACGUUGGGGGACUUGCCCAAGGCCACAUGGCCGGCUAGUGACUCAACUGGGACUCAGCCUCCUGACUGCCAGGCUACACUUUUCUCCUGCAGCCAGUGUUUGUAGGCAAUGCACCCUUUCAAAGGCUCGAAGAGACCUGGGUGUUGACUCAGGAAGCCCCACCCCACCACUUUCCUCGCAACUCCACCCCCAUCCCACCAUGCAGACUACCAGUGACACUCUUGUAUAAGGGAAAUCAAUUCCCCAAAACAAAGCAACCAUCGCGUCUUCCUUUGUGCUAAGCUUACUGCUCCAGGCUUGAAAGGCAGCAACAACAAGUAAACGACUUGGUGCUCACCCAAGCAAAAAGGAAGGUGGCGCAAGGUCAGAUGUGGCCUCUGAGACUGUUUCAGCACUGCUGCUGCGGCAGCUCUGCCCACUAAUCACCUGGUGCUGCAGAGAGCAGGGCGCCCAUUGCCCUUGACUCUGCUGAGUAAGUGGAGAAGGGGGGAAGCAGUGGCAGCACUUCCUGACGACUGAAGGACAGCACAGAGCUGGCUUCAGCCAGGCAUUCAGCACAUUGUUACUGAGCGCUCAUUUUGUGCUGGGCAUCGUGCGAGGGGCCGUUGAACUAGUGAUGAGCAGAAUGUAGCCCCAGCCCUCUUGGAGCUUAUGGUCCGGUGGGCAUGUCCAGAUGCUGAACUGAGUCCCCCAGGCACACGUCGGAGCUGAGCUGAGUGCUAGCAAGUCUGGGCUCAGGGACAGUUAGCACGAGAGGAACACCUGGCCAUGCCGGGGUCAGUCCUGAAUUCCGAAGGUUGGCAGAAUGACUGUAAUUGUCAAAGCAGUGGAUCCACGUCAGGCCUCAUCCUCAACAUCCAUGUGACGUGUGACAGGGUGACCACACUGGUCUUUUGAGUCCUCUCUUCCUUUUUGUUUUUUUAUAAGGAACCACUUUCCCCCGACUUUCCUCUCUGAACGCUCCUGCUCAGGCUUCUUUGUGGACUCAUCUUCCGUGAAGCUUCCUCAGGGUUCCUCUCUCUUUCCAGGAGCAUUUCUGCAGAAAUCACAUCUGUUCGCAGCCUCACAUCUCUCCUGUCCUUGCAUAUUACACCCGUCUCCUGGAGGCCAUUUCUCCCUUGGAACAUCAGGAACACGCUUGCCAUGGCCGUCUGAAUGUCUGUACCUGCUCAGCAUCUCAGACCUCAACAUGUCCUCAACUGGUACAGUUAAAAGGGCAAUCUGGGUUCAAAGUCAUGUGCCCUUACUUACUAGUGACCUUGGGGGAGCUACCAAAGCUCCUGGAGGCUCUGACUCAUCAUCUGAGGUUGAGGCCAGGAUACCAGCCUCACCAGCUGUGGAAUAGGGUUGCACAAUGCCUAGCACAGUGCCGGCACAAACUAGACACGCAGAGAGCAGUUUCCCUCUUCCUCCUUUCUUCCCCUGCUGAAUGGCUCUACCACAUCAAUGGCCCUUCAGCCCCAAACCUGGGUCACUCUUGGCUCUUCCUUCUUCACUUUCUAUGUCUAUUUGUUCACCAAAUUUUAUCAAUUCUGAUUCAUAGAUAUCCCUUGAAUUCAUUCCCUACCUGCAUUGCUUCUGCCACUGCCCUAACUCAGACCCUUUUGACUGACCGUUCUGCUUCCAGAGAAUUAACUUCUGGAAACACCUUUGGUGGAGCCCGUUGCCAUCUUAUACCAUAUAGUCCAGAUUCCCUACCCAGAUGUGCAGAGUAUGUCCCAAGCUGGCUCACUCACCUUUCCAGAGACCCUCCUGCCAGCACCAUCCCUCUAAUACUCCUCUAGGUGCUGUGCCUUUGCACAAGCUAUUGGAAAUGCCUGGAGUGGCUCCACAUUCCAACCUCCUCCCUCCUCCCCUUUACCCCACCACUUUUGCAGAUAAUGUCAGGUGAUGGUCCCCGCCUCUUCCCCUCUGCGAAGCUGGGCUGGGCACUCUCUGUGCUUCUGUAGCAACCAUCACUGACUUCUAUUAAGACGUCCUCACAGCAUACUACGUGUGUCCUUGGCCGAGGGUCUGUCCUUUCCCCAGGAGAAUGCAUUGUAUCUGGCUCAUCUUGGGGCCCUCAGCACUGGCACAGAGCCAUGUGUUAACUAUAGCAAUGGGGUCUCUGUUAGCUGGUGGGUUCCAGUGGUUCAGGAGACCCCAUUAAUAAACCGAGUAACACCCUGGGGUAAUUGUCAGCUUAAGAGAGUACUCUGCUCAUUAUUUUUUUGCCUGGUACCUUCUGUGUGGGAAGCACUGAGCUAUACAAAGACUUGCCCACCUGCUUUUGGGGAGUUUGGGACGCAGGAGGCUGAAAUGUCCCUGUUGCAGUUGCUUGUUGGUUCCAUCACCCAGUCUCCGCUACCUUCUUUUUGCCUCCUCCCAUUAUAAUCUUUCUCGUCUGCUUCUUGCCUGUUCUUCAACCCUCUUUCUCUAGUUUAAACAAAAGAGGGAAAGAUUUUCUUUUUGUCCUUCCCUCCUUCAGAACCAUAGAGAUUUGUCAGGAUCUGAAACUGCUGUGCCGAGGUACAGGCUGGGUAGAAGUACACGAGGGACUUCAAUAAUGGCUCAAGAACAAGUGCAAAGUGCUUUAUUUAUCGGCUGGGAAACAGAUGAGCUGAGCUUUGCAAAAUGUCCACUCCAGUUGCCCAGUGGAAGGCAGGAGCUUGGGGGUCUCCCUGUGGGGAGGGGACGGUGCUGCUCUGAGUUCAACACACACCCUGGCCGCUCUCCCUGCAACCAGGGCACCCUUCUAGGAGGAGGCUGGCUGUGGCUUACAGCCAGGUGAGGCCAGGCUCGGGGUGUGCUGAAGCCCAGGGUGUGCCCUGUUCUCUUGUUCUUUGGAGGGCUGGUCAAGCCAGGACAGUCUGAGGUUGAUUACAUCCUACAAGGCGUCCUGAUAAAGCAGUGUGUUCUUCAAAGGGUAGACUGUAGAUCACCUAUAUCAGAAUCCCCUGAGUGUUUGUUAAAACCCCUGCCUCUGGACUCAGAGCCUGGGGGAGGGGUGGUGAUGCUGAGCAACCAGCACUGUGACAUCCCCCGGUGGGUGGUCUUAGAGCCCAUGUCGGCUGGAGAACUGGGCUCUGCACCGCUUGUGGGUCAGUGGCUACUGCCAGGUGAGUGGUGACGUCUGGCUUGAUAUUCAGACUGGAGUCUUAAGUGAUAAAAGAGCAAAACCAAGAAUCUGGCACAUAACUUCAGCGAGUUCUGGAAAUAUGAACAUAAAAUAUAGUCCACUAUUAAAUUAGCAACAAAAAUUAACUGCUCAGGAAUCUAUAAGAUUUAUGAAAUCUGUUUUGGCCUCGACACUAUCAGAGAUUUUUUUUUUCUAUUUUUCAACUAUGGUAAAAUAUACAUGAGAUUUACCAUCCUAGCCAUUUUUAAGUGUACAGUUCAGUAGUGUUAAGUUGUGCGGCCAAUCUCGAGUUCUUUUUUAGUUGCAAAACUCAGACUCUAUACCCAAUAAAGGACAAUUCCCCAUUUCCCCUCCUCCCAGCUCCUGGCAACCACCACUCUGCUUUCUGUUUCUUUGAAUUUGACCACUCUAGGGACCUCGUAUGAAUGGAAUUGUACAAUAUCUGACUUUUUGCGACUGGCUUAUUUCAUGUAGAAUCAUUUAGAUAUAAGCUGUUCUCAAAUGACAUGAACUGUUUUUAGUGUCCCUAUAAUAGGAUUCUGAUUUUGAUUUUUGCCUGGAGCAGUUGUCCUGGGCCCUUGGUUGGUCCCUAGCUUCUGGCAGCCUCAGCAUCCUUUGCUGAGGGUCAGAACAGACCUGGUCUUGCUUUGCUAGAUUGGCUCAGCUGUGCUGGCCAGCCAGUGUCCUAAGAGGCAACAGCACAGCUUCUAUAAGUGUUUAGAUAUUUCCCCUGCAUGGUCUCUUCAGUGAGCCUUCUUUUUUUCACUAGAGAGAGAGAGAGAGAGAGAGACAAACAUACAUACAUACAUACAUACAUAAAUACAUUACCGUGACUUAGCUCUUGGCACAAAAGCCAGAAAUCAGUGACUGUCUCUCCUUCCAGUAGGGGGACGGUUCCCUUGGCAACCAAGUAACUCAUUUUUUUUCAACUAAAUGACUUGCUCAGCUUUGAGGUAAAAGUUUUAUUUCCUCUAGAAUUAUGGUUCUCAACCUUAUAUGCACAUUGGAUUCACCUGGGGAUCUUUAUAAAACCACCCCCAUGGGCUCCCCUGGUGGCGCAGUGGUUGAGAGUCCGCCUACCGAUGCAGGGGACACGGGUUCGUGCCCCGGUCCGGGAAGAUCCCACAUGCCGCGGAGCGGCUGGGCCCGUGAGCCAUGGCUGCUGAGCCUGUGCGUCCGGAGCCUGUGCUCCACAACGGGAGAGGCCACGACAGUGAGAGGCCCGCGUACCGCAAAAAAAACCAAACCAAACCAAACCAAAAAAACCCACCCCCAUUCCAGAUCCUCAUCUUCCCAGAGAAUCUGAUUCACUUGGCCUGGGGAUGGGACCCCAUAUUCUUAUUUUUAAAAUCUCCUUGAGUGACUCUGUUGCGCGGUGGUUGAGGCUCAUUGUCCUGAGGCAGAAGGUCUCUGCCUUGGUGGCACAUCGGCGUCAUCUGAAGAGCUUUAAGACCCACUCGUGCCUGAACUUUGCGCCCAGAAGUUCUGACCCAGUUGGUCUGAGGUGUGAUCUGAGUAUGAGGGCUUUUCUGACUCUCCAAAUAAUUCCACUAUGCAGCCGAGGUUGAGAACUGUUGUUCUAGGUCAGCAGCUCCUGUGUCAGAAUCACUUGGAGAGCUCAUUGGUUCCUGGGCCCCUCCCUGGAGUCUGAUUUGACGAGCCUGGCGUGGAGCUUCCUCGCUGGUUCCUAAGCGGUGCUGAGGCUGCUCCUGGGACUACGUGUUGAGGAGCCCUGCUCUACAUGAUAUUGUAAGAAGCUCAGCCCUGCUCUGCUGCAUUUGUUUCCUGGUUAGGGGUUGGGAGCAUCGAUUCACGCUUGAGAUUUCUGAAAGGUACCAAGCAGCUCUUUUUCUGAACAUUUUCAACAUUUAAAUAAACAUUAGAAAUCUUUUUAAAGCAAAGUUACAUAGAUUUCUUCUCCCAGGGUUAGUAGGCUCAGAGUACCUGAAUUAAGAAUUCAUCUGUGCCCAGGAUCAGGCUGCAUUCUGGGAUCAGAGCUAAGGGGUUGGGUCUCUGGAGCUUGGAACCAACCUGUGACCAGCUGAGGGUCACCCUGUAACUGAUGUUGGGGUAAGAUCAGAGCACAACAGUGCUCUCUUUAACACAAAGCUGGACCAGGCACUCUGCCUACCAUGCCCAUGGAAAACAAAAAAGGAAGGUGGUGAUGAGGAAACAUCUCACAGAAAUGGGCUAAUGUGACCCAGGGCUCACACCUGCAUUAUGUUCCGCCUUCCUUUCCCACCUUCCGCUGGAAAAGGCUCCAGUUGCAACCAGCGAGCUAGUGCCUGGAACCUGCCUCAAUCUCUUCUGUCUCCAACUGGAGGCAAGUCCCCUGCCCUUUCCCUCUGAAGAUGCCCCCAGCAGUGUGGUCCCAGCGAGCACUUUAUCCCCAUGGCAGCUCACAAUUCCUCAUUCAGCCACAAAAAUUUGUUAAGGGAGGAAAUAGUUACUGUGUUAUUGAAACAAGGUCAAAGCACACCUCACUUCCCAGGGCCACUUACCCAGCAAGUUCGCUCAGCCCCAGGCAGCUGUGGACUCAGGUAAAGGAAAAUUAAUUUUAAGCCCCCAAAGUAGCUGCUAUAAAACUCUGUAUCAAAGACCAAAUAUUUUGCUAACAGCAAAUCCCUCAAGGCAUUCACUUUAAUUUUAAAUUCAAAUCUAGUGAACUUGAUUCUGGUUUCUAAUAAUAAAGCAAAUUAAGAGAAUGAUAACAGGUGCUAGAUUUAGCAAGAAGUGGCAGCUAAUAGACUAAUAAUAAUGGCAUUAAAAAGACCAAAUCUAUACAUCUCAGAAAAUCCCAAGUGAUCUGAGGCUAGUGGAGGGGCAAGUAGUUUAGUGGAGGGCCCAACAUGUAGUAAUAACCCCAAGGGCACCAAAUGACCCCUCAGAGCAGCCCAGCCUGCGGUAUCCACAACCACGUAGAGGGACGAAAACGCUCAAACAACGUUAGGUAGACUGUGUUUAAGAAGGCAGAGAAGCGUUUUAUCCACUUGGAAUUAUUUCCAUCCCCAAACACUUAAAACACAUUCAUAGAUGUCUUGGUGCUUAAAGGAUUAGCCCUUAGUUAUCUUGAAGUUCAGGCAGGUGAACUAGUUCGUUAUCUGAUAAUAUAGGCUUCAUGAGAUGGGCAAACUCACUCUUUCAGACUUAGUUUCCCUCUGACAUUUGCUGCCCCCCCCCCCCCGCCCCCGAGGAGGAGGGAGAAGGGCACCCCUUCUACUUUCCCGUCUUAAAGGGGACGUGCAGCGGGGCUGGUUGUGGUGGCCGGAGUGUCUUCUUCCUGCACCUCUGCUUCCACCUGUUGUGUCUCUAUUGCACGUGGGAGGGGGAUGCGGAUCUCAGCCGGGGCCAGGGCAGGCUCUGCUGUGACUCGGCCUGGAUUUAUUUGUGAUUUUAAGAAUAUGACUAUUUUUUUCAUAUUCUUAUGAAAGUGAGCACUUCUACUUUCUACACGUCUUCAUCAUCUAAUUUCUCACCAGCCCUCGCUGUGUUCCUAGGAGGAGGGUAAGGCAGGUGGUGGCAUCCCGACUGGACUGAGGCCCAGGAAGGUGACGGAGGCAUGCCCCGGGUCACAUGGAAUGGUGGUGAGCUCCGGUUGGGUGCCCAAGCUCCCCAAGGGGCAGGGGGAGACAGCCGUGUCUUGCUCUCACCCCUGAAGCCCUCGUGUUUUCUUCCCUCUGGGUUGUCAUGCUGACUGCAGUGUGGUUCAGGCCUGAGCUUUACCCCUGGCCUCAUGCCUUGCCCAGCGUCGGUGAGGGGCUCCGUUCCCCUCCAGGCCCCAAGCAUGGGGGCUGUACCUGGUGUGCGGAAGGUGGCAGCUGCCCUGGGCAGAGGGUCACCCAAGGCCGCGGCAAAGCAAGAGUGUGGAGGGCGUUGGCAGCAGACACAGCGACACAGCCCCCUGGUGCUGUGGCCGUUUGCGGGGCGCGGGGGGUGCUGCUGGGAUCCCAAGUGACAGCUCCUGCCAGCCCUCCUGCACCUUCUCGGGCAGGACCCUGGCCCCACUGUGGCAGGCUUCUGAGCCAGUCCCUCUUCCCAAGGUUUGGGGGACAGCUGGUCCUCCCUGAGGCUUCCACGCUCUGCACACAUGUUUUAGGGGUGAAGCAGGGUCUUGGUGGCCUGAAAAUUCCCUUUCUGGACCCAACUGACCUCCCUUCAGAAAGCCAUAACUCUUCUUCAAAGCCGUAUUGUUUGAACUGUGAAAUAUAUGUAAAUGCAUAUGUGUUUUUUAAACUAACACUUUAACUCAAUGAGCGUUCAACUGUUCAGUGCUACAGUUUGGAUUCAGAAGCCCCUGCCACCUUGCUCCCCAAGUGAAGCCAGGACAGAUGAUGGCGGACCACAGGGGAGCUGCGGAAAUCUCGGCCCUGCAGCUGCGUGCUCCCUGCCCUGCGCCUGCACGUGCUUUCAGCCAGGCUUAAUGGAAGUUUCCAGGAGUGCAUGUGAAGGCAGCCAGCACAGUACCUCCGAGGGGCUGGUGGCACGGACUCAUCCCUAAGUGGCCACCGUGUGUGAAGACAAAGUGGCCAUGCGGACGUGACAUGCAUGUGCUCUGCAGCCCCAUCCCUCCCUUGCUUUCCUCUCUCAAGGGCCGCAUCACAUGGCACUGUGUUCUGUAGAGCCUUUCCCAUUGGAGAAGAAAAGGGAGACUGAGAUGUUGUUUGCUGGGAUGUAGAGAAACUCGAUCUGGGUGUGGAGCUGGAGCAUUGCUUAAAAAAAAAAAAAAAUCCCUUCCUUCCUCUGGUUGAUUUGCUCCCUCUGUUUGCCCUGGAGAGAAACACUCUGUGCCAUUCCAAAGCGUUGGGGAGAUGGGGCUGCAGCCGUUAUCUUAUUGUCAUGCAAAUUUUGUUGAGGAGCAGGGGUUUAUACGAACUCCUGCAGCAUAAUUCUAGCUUGUAUGUAUGUGGCUGUCCUUGAGUGAUCCUGAAGUGGUGUGACUUAUGCCUAAGAACAUAAUCAGGGUAAUUUGUAUCUGUCACUGUUUGAAAAGCCCUCAAUUUCCAUCCAGUAAAACCAGUCAAAUGGCUCAUUUAGCAAAGACUCUCUGGCUGUGGCCGUGUGUGUGUGUGUGUGUGUGUGUGUGUGUGUGUGUGAGGCUGGACUAGGCUGAAGCAGCACAGCCCAAUGUGGGGAGGCUCCCAGCUCUUGUGAAGAAGGCAUGGCCACUUGGGGCCCAUCUUUGGGCAGCGUUGGCCUGUCUGUGUCUGACAAGAGUGGCAAUGUAAGCAUAGGGGCUCACAGGAAGGGCUCAGAAACCAAGAUCUAGACUAAUUUGGGUGGAGUGCUGAAUUGACAGUAUACAGGGAGCAGGAGGGCAUGGAGGACCGCAGGCUUCCACUAAGGAAGGAGGGUCCCUGAGGGCUGGAGGGCUAGGGCAGGUGGGAUCUGAGAUGUGCUCACACCUGGAAACAGAUCCAUUAGCUACAUAGACUUGUCUCUCUCUAAGCAAACUAGCUCUGUCAAGGUCCGGAGUCACAGCAAAGGAAUCUGAACACUAAUUACCCUCUUAUUAAAAAAAAAAAAAAAAAAAGUUCUUUCAAUGCCAAUAUCCAUGAGUGUGUUUAAAAUAGGAUUAUAUUAAAUAAAUAAAAAAAAUAUUCAUGCACAAACUGCCUGGCUGGGUCUGGCCUGCCCUAUGGGAUGCAGAUAAAAUGGCUUGGAUUCCACGGAUCUGCAUUUUGGGAAGUCCAAAGCCUUUCCUAUGAUCUCUGCAAGCUCCCAGGGGCUAACAUUUUCAUGAUCCCGCGGCCUUCAGACUUUUGAGCUUCUGAGCAUGUUUCUGUUUUAUAACCCUUAACCACCUAGAUUAGAUGCAGACCUUUCCUUGACAUCAGUGAUCAUAUAAUGCAUUCCAGAGUGAUGUGGGAAGAGAUGGGAAAGGGAUGGAAAACAUUCCAAACAAGCAAUCGCAAAUGUAAUGUUGGGUGUCCUCUGGCUAACCCACUGGCCAACCUCCCAAUGGGGAUACUUCAUGUGGCCCCAGCCUCAGUCCAUCUAUCUGGAUCCUCCUCUCCUCCCCCUUCUUUGGCCUCCUGUUCUUACUCCCCAACUCCCUCUCAAUGGAGAACACAUUUCUGCUAUUUCUCUUUGGAGCUGUUUAAACAUCCUCUGUGUGCUUGGUUUCCUGCAGAGCCUAGAUCUCAGCUUGCCUUUUACCUACCCCCUAACAAGAAUUUCCAUGCUAGCUGGAAGAUAUUUAAACUUUCCUUAUUACCAUUGUAAAAUGCCAAACACUCAAGCAAGCGACUAUGGAACCUAAGGAUACUGUUUGAAGGUUAUCCCUGAGACCUGGGCACUGUCUAUUAUAGGAAGAAAAAGAGCUGAGGGUCAGGGAAAUAGGACUUCAAUAUGUAUAUUUGAAUGAAUGAAUGAAUGACCCAACGAACUGGGGAAAGAAGUUGAAUGUAGUUUAUUUAUUUAAUAAAUAGAUGCAUACAAUUUGUCACUUCAUUCAUUCAUUCAACAAGCAUUUCUUGAGCCCCUACUUUGGGCCAGGCAACUUGAGAAUUUGGGAAUACAAAGGUGAGCAAACACACAUGCCAUCUCUGCACUUACAGGACAUAGAGUCUGGCCAGAGCAAUAAAGGUAAUCAAAAAAUUCCACAGUUCAAUGUUUAAUUACAGACAGUGCUUCAAACGAGCGUGCGGUGCUGCGAGAUGCUGGGCAAAUGUCCCUGGCCUGAGGUUGAGCACAAAGAGCACUCUGCUGGAGAAGGGACAAUUGAGCUGAGAGCUGGAGAGUGAGGAAGGGUUAACCAGGUGAAAGGUAAGGGUGGAGUUGUGCGGGAAGUAAGUCCAGGUAGAGGGCCCUGGAUGGAGAGAGAGCUUGGGACCUUGGAGGAAGGAUUUUGCAAGGGUAGGGAGGGGGUACGUGGCAGGAGAUAAGUCUGGAGGGCUGGAUGGAGGCAAGACUCUGUGGGGAAGAGGUGGGUCAUGUUAAUGAUUCUGAUUUUGAUUCAAAGAGAAUCAAGUAGCCCUUGAAGGAUUUUGAGGAAGAGGACAUAGUCAGAUUUACACUGAAAAAAUUCCUGAGAGGUGUGGCCAAGGUAGCAAGUAGGAAGGCCCUGAGCUCACUUCCUCCCAUGGGCACACCAAAAUUACAACUAUUUACAGAGCAACUAUCUAUGAGUAUGACCUAAAGACUGGCAGAAAAGAUUUUCCACAACUAAAGAUAUAAAAAAGGAACAAUGACAUGGGUAGGAGGGGCAGAGAUGAGGUAUAGUCAAUAUCUACAUCCCUGGGUGGGUGACCCACAAAUAGGGGGAAGAUAAUCACAAUUGCUGAGGUUCUCCUCAAGGAGUGAGGGGUCCAAGUCCCACAAUGGACUCCCAGCCCAAUCCUGCACUGGGAAAAAAACCCCCCAGAAUGGCUGGCUUUGAGGGCCACCGGGGCUUGCACAGGGGAGAGCCAGAGGACUGCAGGAAACAGAGACUCCACUCUUAAAGGGUGCACACAAAAUCUCACACCAUCUGAGUCCCAGCACAGAGACAGUAAUUUGAAAGGAGCCUGGGGCAGACCUAUUUGUUGAUCUUAGAGAGCCUCUUGGAGAGGCAGGAGGCAAUUGGACUCCCCCUGGGGAUGGGAAUGAUAGCAGUAGUCAUUUUUGUGAGUUUGUCCUACGGCGAAAACACUGGCAUUCGCAAGCGCCAUUUUGGAGUGCUCUACCUAGCCUAUAAGUGCUGGGAGCUUACCCACCCACCAUCAGGACAAGGCCCCAUCCACUACGGGAAUGGCAACAACCCCAAGAUGCUCCUGGGUCAUACAGCCAGCUGCCUCAGGACAUGGCCCUCCCCAUCAGUGGGCUGAUAGCCACCAUUCAAGGCAAUACCUGGCAGCCAACUGGGCCAGAGUCCAGCCCAGCCUACCAGCAUGCUCACAGUAGUUGACCCCACCACAAAGAAGCACCCACACAACCCAUAUAGGGGGUGUCCCUAGAGCAUAUAGCUCUGAUGACCAGAGGGGAGAAUGCUGCUGGGCCUCAUAGGACAUCUCCUACAUAAAGCUACUUCUCCAAGAUUGGGAAACAUAACUGGUCUAUUUAAUAAAUAGAAAUAAUCACAGAGAAUUAGGCAAAAUGAGGAGAAAAAGGAAUAUGUUCCCAAUAAAUUAACAAGAUAAAACCACAGAAGAACUUAGAAAAGUGGAGAUAAGCAAUAUAUCUGAUAAAGCAUUUCAAGUAAAAACAAAAAAUGUUCAAUGAACUUGGGAGAAGAAUGGAUAAACACAGUGAAAAUUUUAACAGACUUAGAAAAUAUAAAGAAGAACCAAACAGAACUGAAGAAUACAAUAACUGAAAUAAAAAUACACUAGAAGGAAUCAACAGUACAUUAGGUGAUACAGAGAAAUGGAUCUGUGAGCUGGAAGACCUAGUAAAGGAAAUCACCCAAGCUGAACAGAAAAAAGAAAAGGAAUUUUUUAAAAAUGAGGGUAGUUUAAGAGACCUCUGAGACAACAUCAAGCAUGAUAAUAUUUACAUCAUAGGGGGUCGAAGAAGGAGAAAAGAGCAAGUGAUAGAUAACUUACUUGAAGAAAUAAUAACUGAACACUUCCAUAAGCUGUGAAAGAAAACAGACAUUCAGUUCCAGGAAGCACAGAGAGUCCCAAACAAGAUGAAUCUAAAGAGGUCCACAUCAAAAUACAUUAUAAUUAAAAUGACAAAAAUUAAAGAUAAAGAGAGACUCUUAAAAGCAGCAAGAGAAAAGCAACUAGCUAUGUACAAGGGAACCCCCAUAAGACUAUCAGCUGACUUUUCAACAGAAACUUUGCAGACCCAAAGAAGUGGCAUGAUAUAUUCAAAGCUAUGAAAGGAAAAAAACCUACAACCAAGAAUACUCUAUCUAGAAAUGGAAAUAAAAUAAACAAAUGGAACCUAAUGAAACUUAAAAGCUUUUGCACAGCAAAGGAAACCAUAAACAAGAUGAAAAGACAUCCCUCAGAAUGGGAGAAAAUAUUUGCAAAAGAAGCAACUGACAAAAGAUUAAUCUCCAAAAUAUACAGGCAGCUCACACAGCUCAAUAUCAAAAAACCAAACAACUCAAUGCAAAAAUGGGCAGAAGACCUAAACAGACUUUUCUCCAAAAAAGAUAUACAGAUUGCCAACAAACACAUGAAAGGAUGCUCAACAUCACUAAUCAUUAGAGAAAUGCAAAUCAAAACUACAAUGAGGUAUCACCUUACACCGGUCAGAAUGGCCAUCAUCAAAAAAUCUACAAACAAUAAAUGCUGGAGAGGGUGUGGAGAAAAGGGAACCCUCUUGUGCUGCUGGUGGGAAUGUAAAUUGAUACAGCCACUAUGGAGAACAGUAUGGAGCUUCCUUAAAAAACUAAAAAUAAAACUACCAUAUGACCCAGCAAUCCCACUACUGGGCAUAUACCCUGAGAAAACCAUAAUUCAAAAAGAGUCAUGUAUCACAAUGUUCACUGCAGCUCUAUUUACAAUAGCCAGGACAUGGAAGCAACCUAAGUGUCCAUUGACAGAUGAAUGGAUAAAGAAGAUGUGGCACACAUAUACAACGGGAUAUUACUCAGCCAUAAAAAGAGACGAAACUGAGUUAUUUGUAGUGAGGUGGAUGGAUCUAGAGACUGUCAUACAGAGUGAAGUAAGUCAGAAAGAGAAAAACAAAUACUGUAUGCUAACACAUAUAUAUGGAAUCUAAAAAGAAAAAGAAAGAAAAAAAGUGGUUCUGAAGAACCUAGGGACAGGGCAGGGAUAAAGAUGCAGAUGUAGAGAAUGGACUUGAGGACACGGGGAAGGGGAAGGGGAAGCUGGGACGAAGUGAGAGAGUGGUAUGGACAUAUGUACACUACCAAAUGUAAAAUGGAUAGCUAGUGGGAAGGAGCCACAUAGCACAGGGAGAUCAGCUUGGUGCUUUGUGUCCGCCUAGAGGGGUGGGAUAGGGAGGGUGGGAAGGAGACACAAGAGGGAGGAGAUAUGGGGAUAUAUGUUUAUGUAUAGCUGAUUCACUUUGUUAUAAAGCAGAAACUAACACACCAUUGUAGAGCAAUUAUACUCCAAUAAAGAUGUUAAAAAAAAAACUAAUAAAAAAAUUUAAAAAAGAAUACCUAGCAAGGCUUUUAUUUAGUUUUGAAGGAGAGAUGAAGAGUUCUAUAAAUGAGCAAAAGCUAAGAGUUCUGUACCACUAAACCAGUCUUACAAGAAAUGUUAAAGAGACUUCUUUAAGCAGAAAAAAAAAGGCCACAACAAGAAAUAUGAAAAUUAUGAAAGGAAAAAUCUCAUUGGUAAAAGCAAACAUACAGUAAAUGUAGAAAAUCAAUCACUUAUAAAGCUAGUAGGAAGAUUAAAAGACAAAAGUAGUAGAAUAAUCUAUAUCCACAAUAAGUAGUUAAGGGAUAUAUAAAACAAAAAGAAUUAAAUCAUGACAUCAAAAUAAUUAAACAUGGAGGGGGGAAGUAAAAGUAGGGUUGUUAGAAUGUGUUCAAACUUAAGAAGUCAUUAACUGAAAAUAAUUACAUGUAUAUAUAUAAUAUAUAUUUAUAUCUAUCUCUAUUAUCUAGCUAGCUAGCUAGCUAACUAUAUUGUUAUAUUUGAGCCACAAACUAUGGUAACCACAAACGAAAAACCUAAAAUAGAUACACAAAAAAGAGAAAGGAAUCCAAACAUAACAAUAAAGAUAGUCAUCAAAUUACAAGGGAAGAGAACAAAAUAGGAAGGAAAAAAAGAACUAUAAAAACAACCCCCAAACAAUUAACAAAAUAGCAAUAAGUACAUAUCUAUUAAUAAUUACUUUAAAUAUAAAUGGACUAAAUUCUCCAAUCAAAAGACAUAGAGUAGCUGAACAGAUACAAAUCAAUCUUACAUAUAUAUAUAUAUAUGCUGCUUACAAGAGACUCACUUCAGAUAUAAAGACACGCAUAGAUUGCAAGUGAGGGGAUGAAAAAGGUAUUCUAUGCAAAUGGAAAUGACAAGAAAGCUGGGUAACAAUACUUAUAUCAGACAAAAUAGACUUUAAAACAAAGACUGUAGCAAGAGGCAAAGAAGGAUAUUACAUAGUGAUCAAGGGAUCAAUCAAUUGUAAAUAUAUAUGCACCCAACAUAGGAGCACCUAAAUACAUGAAGAAAAUAUUAAUAGACAUAAAGGGAGAAACUGACAGUACUACAAUAAUAUAGGGGACUUUAACACCCCACUUACAUCAAUGGACAGAUCACCCAGACAGAAAACUGAUAAAGAAACACUGGCCUUAAAUAACACCUUAGACCAGAUGGAUGUGAUAGAUAUAUAUAGACUAUUCCAUCCAAAAGCAAUGUUUUUUUCAAGUGCACAUGGAACAUUCUCCAAGAUAGGUUACAUGCUAGGCCACAAAACAAAUCUCAGUAAAUGAAAGAAUAUUGAAAUCAUAUCAGACAUCUUGUCAAACCACAACACUAUGAGACUAGGAAUCAAUUACAACGGGGAAAAGAAAGGCAAAACCCACAAAAACAUGGAGGAUAAAAAUAUGCUACAAAAUAACCAAUGGAUCACUGAAGAAAGCAAAUAAGAAAUCAGAAAAUACCUGGAGACAGGUGAAAAUGAAAAUACAAUGAUCCAAAAUUUAUGGGAUGCAGCAAAAGGGAAGUUCUAAGAGGGAAGUUUACAGGAAUACAAGCCUACCUCAGGAAACAAGAAAAAUCUCAAAGAACCUAACCUUACACCUAAUGGAAUUAGAAAAAGAACAAACAAAACCCAAACUUAGUAGAAGGAAAGGAAUCAUAAAGAUCAGAGCAGAAAUUAAUGAAAUGGAGACCAAAAAAAAAAAAAAAGAAAAAAGAAAAAAGAAAAGAUCAAUGAAA